UCAACCGACCAUGUCGGAUGACGCCGUGAUGCCUCCCGAAGGCAUCUCCGAGGACCUGGCAAGAAAGGCCGCCCAGCUGGCCUCCGUGCAGCCACCUGGAUCCGACGAUGUCGACGACUUCCUGGAGCGUGUGGAGGACAUCACGGCCACAAUCACCUCGCUGGUGGAGGGCAAGGUCAAGCCCGAGGAGGUUGACGAUGAUAUAGCUCGUGAGGAGAGGCGGCAGCGGGCGAAAUUGAGGGCCAUGGAGGAGGCUGCGAGGGCCGCCAGGGAGGCGGACGAGAAGAGGCGGCUGUAUGGGCGGGAGGGCAAGGGGGAGGGGGACAAGUAUCAGUGGUUCUGCAAGCGCUGCUUUGUCGAGUAUGAGGAGGACAGCCUCGAUGGCCACGAGCAAUGCAGGCGAUGCGGCAGGCAGGUACAUAUAUCACAUUUCGGCCCACCUACUCACCUAACCCGGAUGGAUAUUCAGCUGCAAAUCGCUGUGUGUGUGUGUGUGUCUGUCUGUCUGUCUGUCUGUCUGUGUUGUGUGUAAGCAGCUGAUGAGUCGUGCUGCCCGUCAUGCAGAGCUUCACGCCAAGGUGGAGCAGCUCAAGGAGGACAAAGCACAACACCUCUCACGCAAAGACAGGUAGGUGCAUCAGUUUCAAGGCCGCGACGGACCCCUCUCUCACCACAAGCCUUCUGUUCUAUUAUCUGCAGGUGGCUGCGGUGGAAGAAGUCUCAGGAGCUGCUUGGCCGAGGCAAGAGCAUCAACUACACCAAGUGGGACUACUGGGAGCCGGAGAGCGAUGAGGAUGACCAAGACACCGGCCCACCAAUCGUGCCCGAAGACGACCCCAACUUCAAGGCACUGGAGAAGGAAAUGACAGCCAGCGCCACAAAGUGAGACAACGACGCUAGCUGGUGUAGCUGGGCUGGUGUGUCGGAUGCACACGAACGGGUGAAUGUAAUGUGUGUGCGUCAGGCGGUCAGAUCGGUGGAAAACGGCUGAGCAGUGUCGGUUGCGCGGCAACGAGUCGUUGCGCGAGAAGGACUACGUCAGGGCGGUGGAGCACUACCAGGAGGGCCUCGACUACCGCAAGGACAUGCUGCCCCUCUGGACCAACAAGGCACUCGCGGAACUCAAGCUCUUCAGAUGGACCGACGCACAACGCUCCUGCACACAGGUCGGUGUCAACACACCAGACACAGAGAGGUAGGGAGAUGGACAGACAGACCAGACCCUCUGUGUGCGUGUGUGUGCAGGUCUUGGAUUAUGUUGAGGUGUUUGAGGAGAGCUACGCGAGUCGGCCUGACGUGUGCUUCAAGGCUCUCACAAGGCGAGCUCUCGCUCUGAGGGGCCAGAAGCAGUAUGAGGCCGCCCAGCACGACCUGGAGGCCGCACACAAGCUCUUCCCCAAAGACAAGGAGGCCAUCAAGCUACUCGAAGACACCAAGGUGACGACUCAAUAAUGCCAAAGUCAGUUCUCUGUGCUCAUUCUCCUUUCUGUGUUCAUUAAUUGUGGUCUGUCUGCAGAUAGCCGUUCAGGAGGUCCAGCAGCUGCGGCAGUCAACCAAGGACCACCACGAGCAGCAGCAGGCCGACAGCCCCGCAUCACGCACCACUGAAGCCGAGUCACCGACCAGCGACAGGCUGGAAGGCGAUUUGGCUGUGGUGGAGAGCAGCCAAGUCCGACCCCACGAGUGCAAGGCAUCAGCCAGCGACCUGCAAAGGGCAUCAGGGCUGCUCGCUGUGUCGACCAAGAGCCUGGCUGAGCUGUCGUCGCGUGCCUGUGCGGAGCUGAAGGGCCUCCUGGAAGGAUCUGCAGAUGUGCGGAGGUGGUUCUGCAUGGCACCGAAUCGACCCAAGGCCGGCAUCACCAUCGCUAUCGAGGUGGGUGGGGGUGGGGGAGAGAUAAAUAAAGGGAUUGGCACGCAACUGGACCAUGGAUGCACGUGUGGCUGGCUUGUCAUUGUGGUGCUUUCUGCUCGAAGGAUGUGAGGGCGUGUGCGCAGAAGAUCCGACUGGAUCCAUCUCUCGGCAAGACACUGGCUGCGGCGCCGAAAGACCCGCUCGUGAAGGGCUCUCAGCGGGCCACUGAACUGUUGGACAUCGUCGUGACGGACAAUGCAUGGGCAUGCAAUCUUGCUCUCGAGGCCGCCAGACCUCUGCUCACUCUCGUGGCCGAAGGCAUCGCAAGAAACAGGGCUCUCAUGGUCAGUGCCGGUGAAAGAAUGGGAUGAGCGAAGCUGACUUCAUCGUGUCGUCACCUCUGCCGUCUGUUUGUGUGGUGUCCUGUCCACCCAGGUGCUGGAAGAGAUGUCUCACUUCGACCUGCCGCGCAAGUCGUUGGCCGAUGCCCUCCUGCGCGACGAUCACCGCGUGUCGAUGCUGGUGCAGCUGAUAGCGUCCUUCCAGUCGCCAGUGGACGAGGAGCAGGACGACCUCGUGAAGAUCCUCCUGGCCGCAGCCCACGAGGUGGGGCUGCCCGACAUCCCGGUGCCCCGCCUCAUAUCAGAUGGACGCACCGGUCAGUCAGCAAUCAAGGACAGACCGAGGAGAGUCGGGAAGAUGGGAUGGCAAGUGUUUCCGUUGUCAGAUGCUGAGGUGGCGUGUGCGCUUCUCGGCAACCUGGCGCUUGAGCCGACGGUGAGGCGGCGGCUUCGCGAGUGUGCCGUGGACAUCGUGUCGGCCGCUCUGAAGUACAUCCGACCCAACGACCCCGUUGCCUGUGAGCGGGGCGCCACACUCAUCCUCAAUGCAGCACAGGUAGGUACCCACACACUGCAGCACACACAGGCAGGAGCUGCGAUGCAUCCGGUGUGGGUCGUGAUAUAUCCUCAGGAUGAGUUGAUCAGCGAGGAGAUUGCCCGCCACAGCUUCGCCCCCAUCCUCGUGACGCUCAAGAAUGAGAAGAAUGAGUCUGCCGGCGAGAUCCGCUACCUCCCCCGCAUCCAGAAGCUGCUGGGCAUCCUCGUCAACGGCACCACACGGUCGCCAGCAGCCAGACAUGAGCUCGUCACCAUGCGGGAGGCGAUGGACGUCCUGCUGAUCUAUGCCAAGUCGACUGACGAGGUGGUGUGUCAGCGGGCCAUGGCGCUGCUGUUCCGAAUGGUGACGGAUGGGGUCACUGUGGGUGAGGGGGCCGUGGCUGCACUCGUGAUGGCCAUCGACGGGGCGCUGGAGCUCCACACAGGGAGGGAGGAAGUGCCUGAGGUAGGAGGGAGGCAAGAAGGGAUGGGUGCCUGUCAGCCAUUGAAUGACAUGACACGAUUUCAUCUGUGAAUGAAGGGAUUCGGUUUGUGUUCAGGUGGUGGGUGCGUCUGUGCGCCUAUUCUGCGCCUUGGUGACCAAGAAAGGCGUCCGCUCAACGGUCGCCGAGUUUCAGAGGUCACCCGCCAUGCCGCGCCUCCCCCGCGUCUUGUUGCGCAUCUUCCAGUGCUUCAAGAAGCUCACGCCCACCCGGGACGUGCCGUCCGAGGAGGCCUCAUCGCCACCAUCGCAGCUGAGGGGCAACAUCUGCCUCCUCAUAUCGAGGCUCGCGCAAGCACAAGAGGAGGCCUUGGGUGUGCUCAAGAGUGGGGACGCACUGGCCGAGAGAAAUGGGUGAGCUGCUACCGCACAGCGAGGAGUCGGAGCACCUGGCUGACAUGUCUGUCACGGGGUGUGUGUGUGUGUGUGUGCAGGCCAACAGAUGUGUUGCGGUCGCUCGAUUUGCGCCCGUUGGUGUCGCCGGUGAUUGAGUGUCUGCGUCGUGAGCCGCCCAAGAGCGGCCCGCAGCAGAACGCUGCUGUGGCGCUGACACGCUUGGCGCGUGUGGAGUGCUACCGCGACACUGUAAGAGCGCUGCAUGGGUUUGAGGCUUUGCACCAGAUAGCUGCCAAGGCGCUGAACUGACUGAAACAAACAUGAUGGGUCGGGAGGGAUGGGGUAUGUUCACCGCUGCUGGCUGCGUGCUCAUGCGUUGUACAUGUCUGUCGUGUAGACCCUAGACUCAGGGGGGGAAUUCAUUGCUGGAUGGAUGGGAGAGUAAGGUCAAGUGAAGUUGGAUGAUUUGCUGCAUCGCCGCUGACAGCGAGGGCCCGCCAGCUGCGAUGGACCAGUCGCCUUAGAGAUGCCAGGCGUCGGUCGGUCAUCGACAGUUACGAGCCAGAUAAGUGGGCAGGGUUGGGAACGGAGGACAAUGGGGCUUUCCUGUCGGUGUCGACGGAGGGUUUUCAGUUCACACUCGGUGAGCUGGAAGUGUACAAUCUCGGAUUGUGUUGCAUUGCACGUGCGGGGACAUAGCGGGGGUGUGUCAGUAUGACUGACAUGCUAUGUGCAGAGUGAGUGAAUGGCAUGAAACUAUGUCAGCCG